CGCGCACGCAGCUGCCGCCGCCACCGCCUCCUUCCCUCCCUGCAGGCCCUCCUCCCCUGCCCUCCCCUCCGCCCCCUUCCCCGUAGGCAGCCAGCCCGCCCGCACUGCCUCCCUCCCGGCCCCGAGCGCUCCGGCUGGGUCUCUCCCCCGCCCCCGCCCCCCUACCCCCCCAGGCUCCCCGGUCGCUCUCCUCAGGCGGUCGCCCGCGCUCGGUGGAUGUGGCUGGCAGCCGCCGCCCCCUCCCUCGCUCGCCGCCUGCUCUUCCUCGGCCCUCCGCCUCCUCCCCUCCUCCUUCUCCUCCUCAGCCGCUCUUCUCGCCGCCGCCGCCGCCUCCACAGCCUGGGCCUCGCCGCGAUGCCGGAGAAGAGGCCCUUCGAGCGGUUGCCUGCCGAUGUCUCCCCCAUCAACUACAGCCUUUGCCUCAAGCCUGACUUGCUGGACUUCACCUUCGAGGGCAAGCUGGAGGCCGCCGCCCAGGUGAGGCAGGCAACCAAUCAGAUUGUGAUGAAUUGUGCUGAUAUUGACAUUAUUACAGCUUCAUAUGCACCAGAGGGAGAUGAAGAAAUACAUGCUACAGGAUUUAACUAUCAGAAUGAAGAUGAAAAAGUCACCUUGUCUUUUCCUAGUACUCUCCAAACAGGUACAGGAACCUUAAAGAUAGAUUUUGUUGGAGAGCUGAAUGACAAAAUGAAAGGUUUUUAUAGAAGUAAAUAUACUACCCCUUCUGGAGAGGUGCGCUAUGCUGCUGUCACACAGUUUGAGGCUACUGAUGCCCGGAGGGCUUUUCCUUGCUGGGAUGAGCCUGCCAUCAAAGCAACUUUUGAUAUCUCAUUGGUUGUUCCUAAAGACAGAGUAGCUUUAUCAAACAUGAAUGUAAUUGAUCGGAAACCAUACCCUGAUGAUGAAAAUGUAGUGGAAGUGAAGUUUGCCCGCACACCUGUCAUGUCUACAUAUUUGGUGGCAUUUGUUGUGGGUGAAUAUGACUUUGUAGAAACAAGGUCAAAAGACGGUGUGUGUGUCCGUGUUUACACCCCUGUUGGCAAAGCAGAGCAAGGAAAAUUUGCGUUAGAGGUUGCUGCUAAAACCCUGCCUUUUUAUAAGGACUACUUCAAUGUUCCUUAUCCUCUACCUAAAAUUGAUCUCAUUGCUAUUGCAGACUUUGCAGCUGGUGCCAUGGAGAACUGGGGCCUUGUUACUUAUAGGGAGACUGCAUUGCUUAUUGAUCCAAAAAACUCCUGUUCCUCAUCACGCCAGUGGGUUGCUCUGGUUGUGGGACAUGAACUCGCCCAUCAAUGGUUUGGAAAUCUUGUUACUAUGGAAUGGUGGACUCAUCUUUGGUUAAAUGAAGGCUUUGCAUCAUGGAUUGAAUAUUUGUGUGUAGACCACUGCUUCCCAGAGUAUGAUAUCUGGACUCAGUUUGUAUCUGCCGAUUACACCCGUGCCCAGGAGCUUGAUGCUUUAGAUAACAGCCAUCCUAUUGAAGUCAGUGUGGGCCAUCCUGCUGAAGUUGAUGAGAUAUUUGACGCUAUAUCAUAUAGCAAAGGUGCAUCUGUCAUCCGAAUGCUCCAUGACUACAUUGGGGAUAAGGACUUUAAGAAAGGAAUGAACAUGUAUUUAACCAAGUUCCAACAAAAGAAUGCUGCCACAGAGGAUCUCUGGGAAAGUUUAGAGAAUGCCAGUGGUAAACCUAUAGCAGCAGUGAUGAACACUUGGACCAAACAGAUGGGAUUCCCCCUCAUUUAUGUGGAAGCAGAGCAGGUAGAAGAUGACCGAUUAUUGAGGUUGUCCCAAAGGAAGUUCUGUGCCAGUGGACCAUAUGUUGGAGAAGACUGUCCCCAGUGGAUGGUUCCUAUCACGAUCUCUACUAGCGAAGAUCCCAACCAUGCUAAACUGAAAAUUCUGAUGGACAAGCCGGAGAUGAACGUGGUUUUGAAAAAUGUCAAACCGGACCAGUGGGUAAAGUUAAACCUGGGAACAGUUGGAUUUUAUCGGACACAGUAUAGCUCAGACAUGCUGGAAAGUUUAUUACCAGGCAUUCGUGACCUUUCUCUGCCCCCUGUGGAUCGACUUGGAUUACAGAAUGACCUCUUCUCCUUGGCUCGAGCUGGAAUCAUUAGCACUGUAGAGGUUCUAAAAGUCAUGGAGGCUUUUGUGAAUGAGCCCAAUUAUACUGUGUGGAGCGACCUGAGCUGUAACCUGGGGAUUCUCUCAACUCUCUUGUCCCACACAGACUUCUAUGAGGAAAUCCAGGAGUUUGUGAAAGAUGUCUUUUCACCUAUAGGGGAGAGACUGGGCUGGGACCCCAAACCUGGAGAAGGUCAUCUAGACGCACUCCUGAGGGGCUUGGUUCUGGGCAAACUAGGAAAAGCAGGACAUAAGGCAACGUUAGAAGAAGCCCGUCGUCGGUUUAAGGACCAUGUAGAAGGGAAACAGAUUCUCUCCGCUGAUCUGAGGAGUCCUGUCUAUCUGACUGUUCUGAAGCAUGGUGAUGGCACUACCUUAGACAUUAUGCUAAAGCUUCACAAACAAGCAGAUAUGCAGGAAGAGAAAAACCGAAUUGAAAGGGUCCUUGGGGCUACUCUUUCACCUGAAUUGAUUCAAAAAGUCCUCACGUUUGCACUUUCAGAAGAGGUACGUCCACAGGACACUGUAUCAGUAAUUGGUGGAGUGGCUGGAGGCAGCAAGCAUGGAAGGAAGGCCGCUUGGAAGUUUAUAAAAGACAACUGGGAAGAACUUUAUAAUCGAUACCAGGGAGGAUUCUUAAUAUCCAGACUAAUAAAGCUGUCAGUUGAGGGAUUUGCAGUUGACAAAAUGGCUGGAGAGGUUAAGGCUUUCUUCGAGAGUCACCCGGCUCCGUCAGCUGAGCGUACCAUCCAGCAGUGUUGUGAGAAUAUCCUGCUGAAUGCUGCUUGGCUAAAGCGAGAUGCUGAGAGCAUUCACCAGUACCUCCUUCAACGAAAGUCCUCGCCCCCUACAGCGUGAGCCCGGCGCGCCACCGCUGCUGCGGUCCUGCUGCUUGGCUGUGGGGGGGCGGGGGGAGGUGGGGCUACUGAACAGCUGAUUCACAUGCAGAGAAUUUGGAGUCUUCUUUCAAACCAGUGGGGGUUGGACAAUGAAUGUAGUUAACUGGUUCCUGCUCACACUCCAGAAUUAAAUUCUAUUGAAAAAGGAAAAUCAGCAAUUCAGCAAAAAAAUAAAAAAAUAAAAAUAAAAAAUAAAAAUGUAAAUAUGAUAGUAAUAAAAUAGAGCAUAACGAAACUGUGAAACUUCCUGAAGCCUUGUCAGUGGUUAAAAGUAUUUAACACUCUCCUCUUAAUGACAGAUGUUCUGUUUUUAUAACCUACCAAAAGGAAACUGGAGGCUUCUGGGUGAAGAAGAUUUUUUGUGAAGUGGGUUCUGCAAGCAGCCUGUAAGCCGAGGGUAGUGUCCAUUGCUGGGAAUGGUUAAACGUGGAAGGCUGAUAGCUGGUAUAACAUAGAAUCUGUGCAUAAUUCCAAAUGUUUUUUGUUUUUUGGGGUUUGUUAGGCUUUUUUUAUUUGGUUUGU